AUGAUCUUUACCCGUAAAAAGAAAAUCCAACCGGAGUCAGCAAAAUUAUUUCUCAAUAACAAAGAACUACUAUGGGCCUGCAAAUUAAAAAUCCUAGGUAUCCUUUUCAACAAAUUUUCAACAUGGAAGCUACACAUAACAGAACUAAAACGGCAAUGCCAUCAACGCCUAAACUUGCUCAAGUCCAUCGCCUCUAAUAAAUGGGGAGCUGACUCACAAAUUCUAAUCAACACCUACAGAGCCAUCAUCCGAUCGAAACUUGACUACGGCUGCACCCUCUACCAAUUCGCCUCAAACCACCACCUAAAAAAACUAGAUUCUAUUCAGAUCACUUCACUAAGAAUUGCCCUAGGAGCUUAUAGGACCAGCCCCAGAGUGAGCUUAUUAGCAGAAUCUGGAGAAACACCGUUGGACAUAAGAAGAGAACAAUUAUCCUUAAACUUUGCUUCCUCAGCUCCAUCAAUCAUCCCAGAGCUCCACCAAAACCAACCUCAAAGACACCUAAACCUCACUUCUGAUAAUUCUUCAGAAAUCCACGACCUCCUCAUCAAGCUGACCAACAAUGUUGAAUUCCGAAAUUUAACUCUAUACCACCCUCAAUUCUCUCAGGUCCCCUCCUGGUUAGCUCCAACAGAAUGCUACGACCUAUCUAUUGGUGAACGUACUUGGGAAAAAGAAAACACACCUGCAAUCCUAUAUAGGAACCUUUUUGCAGAAAUCAUCAACCAACUAGAUCAAUUCACCCAGAUCUAUACUGAUGGAUCUAUUCUCAACAACCUACGAGGAUGUGCCAUAAUCAUUAAUGACAGGAUAUUUAAGUAUAAACUCCCUCCAUCAUACUCCAUCUUCUCAUGCGAAGCCUUUGCGAUACUCAAGAGUCUCAAAUUAAUUGGUCAACUGAACAUCCACAAAGCAGCUAUAUUCUCCGAUUCAAAAUCAGUGAUAAAAGCACUGUUAAAUCCGAACUCCUCUGAUAACAUCAUCCAAGAGUUCCAAGCUAUUAUCUACAACACAAAAUUCAUACUAGAGUCAUCAGAAUCAUCUGGAUCCCCUCUCACCAAGGUAUUAACGGCAACGAACUUGCAGACAACGAGGCAAAAGAUGCAACAACCUCAGGAUCUGACCUUACCUUUUCUCUCCAAACCACUCCUACUAACUUCAAAAAGAUGGCCAAGAACUACAUCGAGACCAAAUGGAACAGACUUUGGAGUAUGGGCUCAUCUCAUAUACAUGAAAUCCGCAACAACACUACAGAGACAAGACCUCUCCUCAAAAAAAGAUCUGACCAAUGCCAAAUGA